AUGGUUCCUGAGCUCCCCCAGGACAUCAUCCAGGAGGUGGUCAUCGGGUUCAACUACCCCACAUUCCUGGGCAAGGGGAAGGGGCUCCAGGCCACCAGCAUCAUCUUGUACUGCACUGAGCAUGCACCAGAGUUAACUGGUGACCUGCAGGAGGCCUGCAGGAUGCAGGCCCUCCAGGGAGGCAUCCUUGAGAAGGUGACAGCGCUCGUGGUACCGGCUUUCCUGGGUGGAUACACCCACCACAUCUCCACCUUCGUGUCCACCCACCCGGCCUUCUCCACAGCCCAGUGCUUCCUGGACCUGCUGCUUACUGGAACAAGCCUGGAAGACACUGUCAGUGCCACCAUCAGUCAGUAUAACUCUCUGGUCUCCUGUGUGGUCACCACCUGCCUGGGGGACCCAAGCAUGAAGGCCAGGGACAGGGCCAAAGUGGUGGAGCACUGGAUCAAGGUGGCCCAGAAUCGGCCCUCCAGGUUUGCCACUCUGCUGAUGCACCUCCGGGGAGCUCUGAAGAGGCCGCAGAAGAAAUGUGUCCCCUUCCUCGGAAUAUAUGUCAGUGACCUGGGGAUGCUGCACACUGCCAUACAAGACUACCCUGAGGGACAUGUGAAAAAUUUAGCAAAGAAGUGGAAGGAACUCAAAGUGUUGGAGGAGAUUGUGCUCCUGCAGCAGGCUGCUCAGCUCUACAGCAUAGAGCCCAAGGAGCGAUUUGGGGCCUGGUUCUGGGCCCUGGAGCAGCUCAGCGAGAAGGAGAGUUACACCCUGUCCUGCCAGCUGGAGCCCCGGCCCUAGUUGGCCUGCACAGCACUCAAGGCCAAGAACAUCAGGCGUGACUGAGUGUCCAGGUUGUUCUGGCUGCUUUUAUGAGACUGUAAUUUUUUUUCAAGUUUGGCAGCUGCCUGAGAGACCUCUUGGAAACCAAGGCUCUGGUUGCUUUAGUGGCUACUGUCCUGCCACAGGAGUCCCACCCAAGGACUAGAUGGAACCAGAGAAGGCAGCCAAGCCACUCUGGCACCCACACAGGACAAAAUGACCUGGUUGAUCAUCAGUACCAACUAUUGACAGGGUCUGAUCAAAUGAGGGAAAUGUAGAUCCUGAGAAAGAAGCCAUACCUUCAGAAAAGGCCUCUUGGUGGCUAACUGGGCUCAAGUUUAAGAGUAGAGCCUAAUGGUCAUUCUGACACAAAGUCUCUCUUGCAAACCACACUUCAGGGAGAAGCCUGCAUUGAACAUCCUGUCUCCUACACUGAACUUCCCAUCUGCACUGUGUUCCUGCCAUCUGAGCCAGCUUCUAUAAAUGAGUUCCUGGAAAAGUAUUUCAAUUAAUAAAACUGAGGGUUUCCCUGC